AUGAAGCGCACUCUCAGCAAGGGCGACAAGCGGAAAAACCGCUUUGAACAAAUGGAGCAGAUGGAGGCGGCAGCCAGAGGAACGGCACCUGCCUUGACUCUGGAUGUGGGAGAGACUAAUCCGCCUCCUGAUGCCACUACUCCUCAACCCGAUGCCACUACCCCCGAACCAGAGUCAUUGCCACCUCCUGCUGCUACUACCUCUACUAUUACUAGUAGAAGUAAUAGUAGAAGUCGAAGUAAUAGUCCACCACCUACCACGGCCUUUGUGCCACCCACCCUCGCGGCAACACCACCACCAGGAACUACUUCCUUUGAACAAUCGGAAUUGCUCUCGGGAGAUUAUCUCUCUUCCAUGACGGCCAUUCCCACUCGCACCCUUUCCCCAACCAAUUCGGGUGGAAACUUUUUCUCUCAGCGAGAAAAAUACCAAGUCGACCAAUCCGUCAAUCUCAUGGAUGCGUCCAGUCAACGAUACCAUUUUAACGAAUACAAUCGACGAGGGUCCAGCCACAAUAACAUCGGCAGUGACAAACGAACAUCCAAUGCCUUUGUCGACAUUUUCUUGGGUAGCAGUGCAAAUGGAUCUGGAAAUUCCAAAGGCAGAGGAUCCAAUAACACUAGUUGGAGAUCCACCAUUGGAGGAAAACUUCUCAUUGUCCUCUUCUUUCUCGCCUUUAUGGGACUCUUUACUCUUUCCGUUCCAUUUCUAUUGACCAGCACCUCCACGCAGAGCAAUGACAAUGACGACGACAAGCCCGAUACGGGACACAAGGAAGCGCAAGAUCAGGCGGAAAUGCAACCCGCGGGGACCAUUGAUCACGAUACCAGCGUACAAGAUCUCGUCCGAUUCGAUCAUCUCAAGAGCAUGGUAUUGGGACAAAAGGCCACCACGGCAAACCGAUUGCAAGAUUCUUCGUCCAGUGCCUUUCACGCCCUUCGUUGGCUCACUGAUGACGAUCCCGCCAAGUUGACGCCCGCCGAUCCACAACUCCUUCCUCGUUUUGCCUUGGCGAGCCUGUUCUAUGCCACCAAUGACGCCACCAAACAUCGGUCCACGGUCAGUACCGGUCGACAGAUACAAGAAGAGGACACCACAACCGCUACCACUACUACUGCUUAUUCCACAACCACGCGCUGGAAACGAGCCGAUCGUUGGAUGACCGAAUCCAGUGUCUGUGAUUGGUAUGGCAUUGAUUGCGAGAGCGGGGGAGGACAAGAAACACACGUGGUGCACUUGAAUGUGACACGCAAUCAGAUUCAAGGAGCCAUUCCAAUCGAACUCCAAUCUCUCACCCACUUGGUCGUAUUGGAUUUGUCCUUUAAUGAAUUGUCGGGGACCAUCCCCUCGCAGCUGGCAUUGUUGACGCCACUCAAGUAUCUCUUGUUGCAGCACAAUGAGCUGACGGGCAGAAUCCCGGCAUCGCUAGGGAAUCUACCCGACAUUUAUGAACUCUACUUGGCAUUCAACAAACUCCAGGGGCGUGUCCCCCGUUCCAUUGGCAAGCUCAGUUCGCUUCGAGCGCUUCUUCUGGAACAGAAUCAGCUCGAAGGACAUCUCCCCGAUCUGUCGGGUUUGAAGGAUACCAUCCACAUACAUUUGAACAAUAACCAGUUCUCUGGGUCGAUUCCGCUGUCGGUUGGUGAAUUGUCCAUGCUGCACGACCUCAAGUUGGACAACAACCAGAUCACUGGUCAUAUCCCAACUGAGAUGGCUAGUGACGGAAAAUUGCGGCUUUUGUAUUUGGCAAACAACCUGCUCUCAGGAACGAUUCCAGAGAUGUUUGACAGGAUGGACACUCUCACCGAUCUCCAGCUCCAUGGCAACAAGUUGAAGAGUACUCUUCCGACAACCAUUGGUCUCGUGACGGGUUUACGUCGACUGACUCUGGAGGGAAACGUCAUCACGGGUAAACUUCCGACUGAGUGGGGACAACUGACAGAGCUCGAAGCGCUGGAGUUGCAUCACAAUGAACUCAGGGGCGAGAUCCCUUCGGAGUUUGGCAAAAUGACAAGCCUUCGCAACUUGGGGCUUGGCCACAACUUUCUCCAGCACGAGAUCCCGUCCAACUUGGGUUCCCUGACACGAUUGAAGAGCUUGGAUUUGCAACGCAAUGCAUUCAAGGGGGCGGUUCCAACGCAGCUCGGAAAGCUCAAGAAACUAGAACGACUGGACCUUUCGGAUACAAUCUUGACGGGAACCAUGCCAUCCGAGAUUUGUGAUCUGACCGAAAAUGAAGGACUGACUUUGUUGGAGUGUGACUGCCAAAGCGACGACAUUGUUUGUUCCUGUUGCACCAAGUGCCAUUAG